UACCAUACAAACCAACACCAACAAAGCCCCCCAAAAUGGAGUGGACAAGAGGUCCGAUCAUCGGUCGCGGCUCCACCGCCGCUGUUUCUCUCGCUACCGGAGCCGUCUCCGGUGAGGUAUUCGCGGUGAAGUCGGCCGAGCUUUCGCGGUCGAUGUUCUUGCGGAAGGAGCAGUGUUUUCUAUCUAAGCUGAGCUCUCCGCAUGUGGUCAAGUACUUGGGUUGUGAUGUUAGUAAUGAGCAGAAUGAGCCUAUGUACAAUCUUUUCAUGGAGUACGUACCGGGCGGUACGCUUUCCGACGUGAUUCGACGACAAGGAAAGCAGCUCGAGGAGGGUGUGAUCCGAUCAUAUACGCAGCAGAUUGUGCAGGGUCUGGAGUAUCUUCAUUCCAAUGGGUUGGCACAUUGUGACAUUAAGAGCCAGAACAUUUUGGUGGCCGAAGAGAGUGGGAAGAUCAAAAUUGCUGAUCUGGGCUGUGCUAAGUUGGUGCAUGAAGCGCCCACGUCGCCAUUUUCCGGCACGCCGGUGUUCAUGGCGCCGGAGGUGGCGAGGGGAGAGGAGCAGGGCUUUGAAGCUGAUAUAUGGGCACUUGGGUGUACAUUGAUUGAGAUGGCCACCGGUGGCAGUAGCCCCUGGCCGGAGGUAAGUGACCCUGUUUCUGCUCUCUACCGGAUUGGAUUCUCCGGUGACUUGCCGGAGUUUCCGAAGUGGCUUUCGAAAGAGGGUAAGGAUUUCUUGAGCAAUUGCUUAACGAAAUGCCCAAGAGAGAGGUGGACAGCUAAGGAGCUUCUCGAGCAUCCAUUUCUUAAAGACUGCUCAAUGGUGUCUACGAGCUUGAGCUCAUCUCCUAUUAGUGUGUUGGAUCAAGGCCUCUGGGAUUCAUUUGAAGUCUUUGAAGUUAUUCCUCCACAGAAAUUUGUUUGUCAAAGCAUUUGUUCCGGUUCUUCCCCACAAGAAAGGAUCAAGAUGUUGAUUGGAGGAACUUGUUCUACAUUUUCAGAUACUCCCAAUUGGGAAUUUGAUGAGAACUGGUUCACUGUUAGAAGCAAUGGCGAUGAGGAUAUAGAAGCCUUAUUGAAGAACAACAAUGCCACAGUUGCUAUCUCAGAGCAGCAAUCUAUGGAGGCAACUGUUACAUUAGAUAUGGAUGUCGAUGAGGAACUUCACAGUUCAAUAUGUGAUGAUGAAGAAUUAGCUCUUGAAGGUUUUGUAGAAUCUAACAGUAGAAUUGGUAGCGACGGAGAAUUUAUAAUCUCAUACAUUGUUACAGACGAUUCUUUUGUAAACAAUCUUGAUAUUGAACAAGAUACUCGGAAUUAUUCUUUUUUUCACUCCCGUUUUUAUCAUUCAUGUUUUGAUUUUUCCGGCCAAACUGUGGUGCUUAUAUUCCUCUUGUUAAUGUCUUCUCUGUUUUCUGCUAGUUUGAUACAAUGCGACAUGACAGAUCAAUUUCUCUAUAGACUAAAAUAA